CAUCUCUUGUAAAUCACUUAUUGCGAAGGGUUCUUCAAACAAUCGGAGAGUAUUUAAGUAUAUUUGCGCUCGAUCGUAUUUCCAUUCAAGGUACAGCGAUGGCAAGGAUCUUUCGUCGAGCUGCGAAUAAGGUUAUAAACUCCAGGGAUGGUCACGGCUCUCUUGGUCUACUCAUCUUCGACGAAAAAGUUGUGUACGAGAGUUUCCAAAAGCUGAUCAUUGCAAAAGCGGACGCAUCCUUAGGUAUGUUAAAAUGGGCCAAGAAUGAAGAGAAUCUCGCUCUGCAGGAUGUGUUCAGCAAAGUGUUUGAGGUGUCCACAAUGUGGACAACAGUUAUGAAGGAUUUUACCGAAGAGUAUCACAAAUAUCGCAAAAGUUUCAAGGAAAUUCUUCAGCAAGAGAAAGUUCUGAAUGAAUCAAGAAAGAGGGAGGCAGUUCAUGUAACAAAGAUGAACAAAAUUCAAAAGCAGCUGGAUCAAAACAGAAAGAAAUCUGAUGGAGCCAGACCAAGAACAAUAUCCAAUGAAAUGGUUGAGCAGAUCAUUUCACAAGCUGAGCAGGAGCAAGCUGAACUUGAAGUGAAAACAACCAAGCACGAGAUCUUUAAGGCUCGUAAAUUGAGGGAGUCAUUGAACAAGAUUUCAGAUGGGCUUCAGCAAUGGGCAUCCAAGACAAAAUCAGUUGCAGAGACAUACAAGAAACUUGCUGAUCUUAUCACAGAUACUCCAACUCAACUCUCAGAAAGCAAAGUUUUUCAUGGAGCUGGGCAAUCAAGAAGCAUUGUAAAUGAUCUCGCUCGACAAAUUUCUAUUGAUCCUGAAAUUUCUGCCCAGUUGGCAACAAUGUCACAGUCUACCCACUCUUAUCUGUAUGCCGUGUCUGGGCCUGUGAAGCAAGACAGACAUUAUGCAGAAUUAAAUGCUGCAAUAGACCAGAAGCCGUCAAAAAUGCCUCAUCAGCAUCUACGAAUCAAGGACAGUCUUGUGGACCAACAUGCAAGGAGGCCGUUGUCACUGAAUGACCUGAGGCCACCACCAACCUCACCCCCACCCCCUCUGCCAAAAAAUGCAAAGCCAGUUGUUUUUAGAACAAAUUCAGCAAAGGAAAGCAUAGUACGGAAAACUAAGAUGAAUUCCAAACAGUCAACUGGAAAAAUCUGGUAUGCAAGGACCACCAUCUCAAGCACUUCAGAUUCUGACAGUGAUGGAUACACGGAACCUGUUACAGAUGCUUCGUUCUUUGAAAGAAGGAAAAACAUGCUUUGCAAAGUACUAAGUGAUGGUGCUAUAGACCAGGUGGGGGUUCACACUUAUGCUAGUAGAGAAACUGGCUAUGCAUCAACUAGCACAAAUUUUUACCAUCAACUGGAAAAAAGACCCUCAGGAGAGGACAAGGUUAUUGAAGAAAAUGAACCUGCGAGCUACGUUGAUCUGAUUAAUAAUUAACAACUAUUCACCAAAGUGGAGGUAGCUAGUGUUGGAUAUUUACUAAGCAGAAAAAGGGAGAGGUAAAUAUUCAAUGCUAGUCACAGAUGCUGAGGUGAAUAGUUGUUUUUUUUGUAUGUGCUAAUUAAAAAUAGUGGGAUGACAUAGCCCAAAAUGAUGAUUUUAACUCAUUUAUUCUUACAACAAUUUCAAUAUUCUUGGGUGUAAAUCCUGCUUGCAUGCUUUGAGGUAAAUACCAAAGUAUAUUCAGAGUCUUAGUAGUCCAUCAGAGCAUGCCUUCAAUGCCAUCCACAAUUCUAGUAUACACUUAUUACAGAUAACCGUUAUACACAUUAGUGUUGCAAAUUAUAUUUUAAUAGUGAAUUUAAAUUGUACAUCAACUUUUUAUUUACUAACUAAAGAAAAUCGAUAUUAUCUAUUUCAACUACCAGGUUUUCUGCUAUUUUAAUAGUCAACAAGUUCCAAAUUAUGGUUUUAGUUUUGUAAUUUAAGAUUAAUUUUGAUUCAUUUUUCUGGAAAUUUGUAAAAUUCAUGAAUCGUUACUGACUUAGAGCAGUUCCAGCAAACAAUGGACCAAAUUAACCUUUGUA